CGUGUGACGUCAGACCAUUUCUUCCGGAAACGGCGGCGACGGCAGAAAGAACCGAGGAGCUAUCGUUAGUGGGUGCGCCUGAGAGCCGAGUGAGAGGAGCGUAACCCGGAAGCGGAAGCGGAUUCCCGUCCCAGCUUCGGCUUCACACUUGUCACAGGCCCACUGGUGGGCUCCUGCUACCAUGGAUUUGUUGUUUGGGCGCCGGAAGACACCAGAGGAGUUGCUGAGGCAGAACCAGCGAGCCCUGAACCGUGCCAUGCGAGAGUUGGACCGUGAGCGACAGAAGCUAGAGACCCAGGAGAAGAAAGUCAUCGCAGACAUCAAGAAGAUGGCCAAGCAGGGCCAGAUGGAUGCUGUGCGUAUCAUGGCAAAAGACCUGGUGCGCACUCGGCGUUAUGUGCGCAAAUUUGUGUUGAUGCGGGCCAACAUCCAGGCUGUGUCCCUGAAGAUCCAGACACUGAAGUCUAACAACUCGAUGGCGCAGGCUAUGAAAGGGGUCACCAAAGCCAUGGGCACCAUGAACAGACAGCUGAAGUUGCCUCAGAUCCAGAAGAUCAUGAUGGAAUUUGAGCGGCAGGCCGAGAUCAUGGACAUGAAGGAGGAGAUGAUGAACGAUGCCAUUGAUGAUGCCAUGGGUGAUGAGGAAGAUGAAGAAGAAAGUGACGCUGUUGUGUCCCAGGUCCUGGAUGAGCUGGGAUUGAGCCUGACAGACGAGCUGUCAAACCUCCCCUCCACCGGAGGCUCACUCAGUGUGGCUGCCAGUGGGAAGAAAGCAGAGGCAGCAGCUUCAGCCCUAGUAGAUGCAGACGCAGACCUGGAGGAGCGGCUCAAGAAUCUGCGGAGGGACUGAUUGCCCUAUACCACCCUGGGUGGGAGGUGGGCAGUGGAUGCCCAGCAAUUUCACUGUACUUCUUCUGUAAUAAACGAUUGGACAAUGGUU